CAACAUAAUCUUUUUUUCUUCUAUUUGUUGGUCUGCCACUUUGGGUUCAAAUCUUUGUCGUAAAUGAGAAUUUUAGAUAAUCGAGAGAAGCUAAAGGAAAGAAGAUUUUAAGGCGAUAAAAGUGCUGCUAAAAUAUAGGACUUUUUAAGGGAAAUUUUGAGUUCCUUUUUUGGUGUAAAGUGUGAAAGGGAAGAUGGUUUGGAGUAAUCCUUGAAUAAUUGUGUAAAAAUUAGGGUUUUCAUUCAUGGGUGGGUGUUUUCCUUGUUUUGGAUCAUCAAACAAGGCUGCCAACAAUGGUGGAAUCACUGUGAAAGAGCUGCAAAAGAAAGAUUCUUCUAAAGAUGGCUCACUUGGACAGUUUCAACAUGUUAAUAGAGUUAAUUCAGUCAAAUCAAAAUCUCAUAGUAGCCCUGCCUCUGAUCCUAAGAAGGAACCUGCACUACCUAAUGAUGGACCAACGGCAAAAAUUGCAGCACAAACAUUUACUUUCAGAGAGCUUACUGCUGCCACGAAUAACUUUAGGCCAGAAUGCUUGAUAGGAGAAGGUGGUUUUGGACGUGUUUACAAGGGCUGCUUGGAGAGUAUAGGGCAGGUAGUUGCUAUCAAACAGCUUGAUCGAAGUGGUCUUCAGGGAAAUCGAGAAUUUCUUGUUGAAGUUCUCAUGCUCAGCCUCUUACACCACCCCAACCUUGUCAACUUGAUCGGUUAUUGUGCUGAUGGGGACCAACGCCUCCUUGUAUAUGAACUUAUGCCUUUAGGGUCAUUGGAGGAUCAUUUACAUGAUCUUCCACUGGACAAGGAACCUAUGGAUUGCAAUACCAGAAUGAAGAUCGCUGCCGGUGUAGCCAAGGGAUUGGAAUACUUGCAUGAUAAAGCUAAUCCUCCCGUUAUUUACAGGGACUUAAAAUCAUCCAACAUCCUUCUUGGUGAGGGCUAUCACCCUAAAUUAUCUGAUUUCGGCCUUGCAAAACUGGGUCCUGUCGGUGACAAAACUCAUGUGUCCACAUGCGUGAUGGGCACUUAUGGUUAUUGUGCUCCCGAAUAUGCAAUGACCGGCCAGCUCACUCUAAAAUCUGAUGUCUAUAGUUUUGGAGUGGUAUUGCUCGAGCUUAUCACGGGGCGCAAGGCCAUUGAUGAAACACGUUCUCAUGGAGAACAUAAUCUUGUUGCAUGGGCACGGCCACUUUUCAAAGAUCGUAGGAAGUUCCCGAAAAUGGCUGAUCCACUACUGCAAGGUCGUUAUCCAAUGCGAGGAUUAUACCAAGCUCUUGCUGUGGCGGCAAUGUGUUUGCAAGAACAAGCUGCUACGAUGCCUCUAAUAGGUGAUGUCGUUACAGCACUUACAUAUUUAGCCUCACAAACCUAUGCUCCUAAUGCGCCCGGAAAUCAAAGCAAUGGAGUUAGUCCAUCAACUCCGAGGCUCAAGGAUGACCGAAGAAGUAUGACAGAUGGAUUGGACAGCCCGGAUGGGCGCGGACAUGGUUCCCCUUCCACCCAUAGAAAUUCACCCGAUUACAGGACAAGGAACCAUGCUAGGAAGUUGAGCACUGGGGCCGAGCUUUGUAGAAAUGAAACUAGUGGUGGAUCUGGGAGGAAGUGGGGGUUCGAUGGUUCAGAACGAGAUGAGUCUCAUCGAGGCAGCCCUCUGAAUAGUACAAGAACAGGAGAAACUCCACGUAAUCGCGAUCUUGAUCGAGAACGUGCUGUUGCGGAGGCUAAAGUAUGGGGUAAGAAUUUGAGGGAGAAAAAACGAGGCAAUGCCAUAGGUAGCUUUGACGGUACGAACGAGUGAUACUUGCAUAGUAUCAUUUGUAAGAGAGGUUUGGCAUAUUUGUGGGGGCAUUUUCAUAGGUAAAUGUUAAAUAAUCUUCACUUAUAUUAUUUUUUCCCAGAGAUUGAUAUUAUUAGAGUAAAUGGUGGGAAGAGGGUCACAUUUUUUUUGC